CGAAAAGCUUGACAGGAGAGAAAAUAAACCAACGAGUGCAGCUAGCGAGAACUUAGCUUUAGCUUCUGCCUCUGUGAACAAUGUAUGAAAGAAUUAGUUGAAGAUGAGGGCUCUCCAGCUACCCCCCCGGACCCAUGAUUGGCGGAACCUUCUACAAUCCCCCCUGGCAAGUUUAUCACUUAGAAGAACUAACGCACGAAAAAAGGCUGUGACCCAGUAAUUAUGUUUUAACUUCAGCGUAAUCGGAAUCGGAAACAUAAACUUAAAGAGCAGAAAAAUUGCAUUCUGACCGAGCCUUUCGUUAUAAUUCUGGUGCUCGAGAACAAGGUCCUGCUCCUGUGCUGUACACAGCCUGAUCAAAGCCGCUACGACGUCGGUAGAGACGAUGUCUUCCACGGAGACCGCCAACAAGCUAAAAAUCGCGCUGCUCAAGCACCCCUACAGAAAGUACAUGCAAUGGCAGCUCUCUCGCGUAGCACCAGAGCUGGUCAUGGUACAAGUCAACAACGACGUGAAGAAGGUACUGCCAGGAAAAAUUUCUUCGAACAUUGAAAGUCGUGGUCGUAUUUGGGUAUUCAGGUCAGAUCAUCAUGUAUGAUCCUUUGUUUACUUUUCCAUAAAAGCAAAACGUAAAUGAAGAGGAUUGGCACAAUUCCACAACCGCAGGUACAUUCCCAGCAGACACUGCUGACGUCGUGCCACAAGGAUUUUAAGAAGAAAGUGCCCUUCAAUUGCCGAGCCGGGAUAUGUGGGGCCUGCGAAGCGAACGUGGCCUACGGGCCGAGGGACCGUUUCCAAGUGCAGAGACUGUGCUGGACUCCGGUAAAGGAGGGGGCUCGCGUGCUUACACUAGACCAGGCCAUGAUGAACUUUCGCCAGGGCACUGCAGACGAAUAGCAAACGGCGAACAGGACCGUCGUUAGUUUGUUUUUGCUCGGGUCCAGCUCCAGCUCGUGAAGGUCCCUGAUUGCUAUGGGAAUAAAUAUUACGUGCCACUUUGUCGACAUCAAGUGUACCGCGGGAGUUCUUCUUGCACUCACACGGGUGCUGCAGAAUUAUGAUGAAAUCGCAACCUGUCUAUUUUCCGCAAGAACUUCUACCUCACGGGUUCCGGGGUUGUCAAAGGCAAUGACAGCAGUUGCGGCCGCUGUUUGACAAGAACAGACACGUACAGGAGCUCAUGUUCUCACCUCUUCCUUCGCCGGCUACUUUGUAAAGAUUUUAUUACUCGAACUAGUGGCAGUGCCGAGAACAAAAUACGAGAACUCGAAAGCCCCGAAUGCAGAAAGCACAGCACUACAAGGUUGGACGCGCAGUAACCCUGUCCUUUUUCCCUGGUCAUCGCACCAUCUUGCCGCGCAUGGUGUCCUCAGCAGGGUAUUUACUUAAACUCUAACGUAAGAAAGUGAUUUUUUGUGGUGCGUUUCGUAUUCGUUUCAAACAGAAGAAAAAUAUGUACCAGUCCUCGCGGUGACAGGGAAACAAUACUCGCUUGAAAAAUGAUGUACAAAAUGCCGUUCUACUCACCGCUUGCGUUGGCCACAAAUUGCGAGAAGCAUGAUAUUCGUCAUGGAUUCAAAAGGCCUCAUACUCAUAUCAGAGACGAC